CUUUGCCAUUGGCGGCGUACCGUGACGCAGGAAUAGGACGUCACUGAUGAAGUGGCAGCUAUGGAGGCAAGUCAGGAAUUAACAGCCGAUUCAAUCCUGAAAGAUGAGUGCUAUGCUGAUUUCCUGAAAGAGGAAUUCGAUGUGAAAACACACACAGCUCAAGCGAUUCAUCAUGCAGUCAUCGCAGAACAGCUGGCGAAGCUGGCAGAGGGCAUCAGUCAGCUGGAUAAAGAGCUGCACAGUCAGGUAGUGGCCAGACAUGAAGAUCUACUGGCUCAGGCAACAGGGAUUGAGUCUCUUGAAGGUGUCUUACAAAUGAUGCAGAACAGAAUUGCAGCCCUGCAGAGUGCAGUGGACAGGAUAAGGACCAAAAUCCUUGACCCUUACAAUAAAAUUGUGGCACGGACAGCCCAGCUGGCCCGCUUACAGGUGGCUUGUGACCUGCUGAGGAGGAUCAUUCGCAUUCUGUACCUGAGCAAGCGAUUACAAGGGCAACUGCAGGGGGGCAGUAGAGAGAUCACCAAAGCUGCCCAGAGCCUCAAUGAGUUGGAUUACCUAUCUCAGGGUGUGGAUCUGUCAGGCAUUGAUGUGAUAGAGAAUGACUUGCUGUUCAUCAGUCGAGCCCGUUUGGAGGUGGAGAACCAAGCCAAACGCUUACUGGAACAGGGCAUGGAAAUUCAGAAUCCAUCUCAGGUGGGAACGGCCCUACAGGUGUUUUAUAACCUCGGCAGUCUGAGAGAGACCAUCAGAAGUGUGGUGGAUGGAUACAGGGCAUCUGUGCAAGAGAACGUUAUUAAUGCCCUGGACAUUAAAAUUCUCACUCAACCCACCAACACCAGAGGUGCCCCUGGUCGAGCCGUCAUGCCCACUCCGGGAAACACAGCAGCGUUUCGUGCUGCUCUGUGGACAAAUUUAGAGAAGCUCAUGGACCAGAUAUGUGCCGCUUGUGGACAGGUGCAACACCUGCAAAAGGUUCUCACUAAAAAGAGGGACCCGGUGACCCACGUGUGUUUUAUUGAUGACAUCAUCAAGGAUGGCCAGCCGGACAUCUUGCACACCUUCUGGAGUUCAGUCACUCAGACGCUCUCCGAGGAGCUGCAGAAAGCCACAGCCGCAUCAACCUUCCUCAAACAGGCUCUGGAGGGUGAGUAUCCCAAACUCCUGAGGCUUUACAAUGAGCUGUGGAAGCGUCUGCAGCAGUACAGCAGCAGUGUACAGGGGGCGCUAGAGAGCAGCUCUGCGGGUCUGGACAUGGAACAUGACACUGAAGAUCUUUUUACUUGCAAGAAACCAGACUACGAUCCAGAGAAGGAUCUGAAGAGUUCCCUACAGCCGUAUGAAGCCGCUUACCUGUCCAAGUCCCUCUCUCGCCUCUUUGACCCCAUCAACCUCGUGUUCCCUCAGGGGGGCCGAAACCCACCCUCCAAUGAUGAGCUGGACAGCAUCAUAAAGACCAUAGCCAGUGAGCUGAAUGUCUCAUCAGUAGACCCGGGCCUGACGGUGGCGGUGGCCAAGAACGCAGCCAAGACCGUGCAGCUUUUCUGCGUCAAGUCGGAGCAAUUGCUGUGCACGCAGGGUGAUGCCAGUCAAGUGAUCGGGCCCCUGACGGAGGGUCAGAGGAGGAACGUUGCCGUGGUGAACUCGCUGUUCCGCUUACAGCAGGCUGUUGCCAAAGUCAUAUCUGGGUUGGGUUCCUGUCCUCCAGCCGCUGAACAAGCUCUCACCGCAUCUUUGGAGUCGGUUCAGGCUCUGAUGACUGCUGCCGUUCAGCCGCUCCUCAGUUCUGUCAGUGAUUCUGUUGAAGCGAUACUCAUCACUAUGCACCAGGAGGAUUUCUCUGGUCCUCUCCCUGCAGGUGGCCGUCCAGACGUGCCGUGUUCUCUGUACAUGCGUGAGCUGCAGGGCUUCAUCGCACGUGUGAUGAGCGAUUAUUUCCGCCCGCUGCAGUGUUUGGACUUCCUGUACGACAGCACGGAGAACAUCGCCCAGCGUGCCAUCACCCUCUUCAUCCGCCACGCCAGCCUCCUGCGGCCGCUCGGGGAGGGAGGCAAGAUGAGACUGGCGGCUGACUUUGCUCAGAUGGAGUUGGCCAUGGCUCCUCUCUGCAGACGCGUGUCGGAUCUGGGGAAGGCGUACCGUCUGCUGAGAUCUUUCAGACCCCUUCUGUUCCAGACGAACGAACACAUCGCUAGCAGUCAGACGCUGGGAGAUUUGAUUCCUUACAGCACCAUAUUGCAUUUUCUGUUCAGCCGCGCUCCCGCUGAACUCAAAUCCCCACACCAGAGAGCGGAGUGGUCGAUCUCACGUUACUCUCAGUGGUGGGAUGAUCAUCCGUCAGAGAAGGACCGACUGACGCUCAUCAGAGGAGCGCUGGAGGCGUACGUGCAGUCGGUUCGAGCCCGACAGGGGAAGGAGUUUGCUCCGGUUUAUCCCAUCAUGCUUCAGCUCCUGCAGAAAGCCACCAGCACGUCAUAGUGCUGAACAAUCCUAAUGCACACUCACCUUCAACAAAACAUGAAUUAUUAUUAUCAUUAUUCAAAUUAUUGUCUUAAAGUUAUAAAUGAAUGUGGUUAUGGGGCUGUUUGGUUACUGGCACUCGUAUGACUUUCAGAAGGAUUUCAUACUUUAUUAUGCCUCUACAGUUGUUCUGCGAUUUUAUUUUAGCUGAAACGAAUCAUUUGUUAAACACACAAUGUGUAAAUUCUAAUUAAAGUUUGUCGUAAUCCUUCA